AUCACAAUGAAGAACAACAACCCCACUCCCCUUUCUCUCUCUCACUCCCACACACAAAUUCACAAAUUAAAUCAUUUAUUAAUAUCUAAUCAUAUAUUUUUCAGUUCCCAACCCAACACUAUCAGCUACCAUCUAUCACUUGUAACUUGUGUGUGUAAGAAACACUCACUUCUCUUCCUCACUGCUGCUCUCCCUCAUUGACCACUUAACCCUAACUCACAGCCUCGCGCCACGGCCGUUUGGUGCCUCAGAUCUGGGUGUCAAGUACUCAAAUUGUGUGGUUGGAAUUGGUGGUCUUAGUGGCUCUGGAAUAUCAAGAUUUUUUGUCUUGUGGAUAGGAUUGGAUUUGAAGCAUCGAAAAUGGAUGGUAGAGCUGAAACUGAAGUGAAGGGUGCUGUUAAGAACUUCAUCUGGACCCAGCAAUACAGAGUUGAAACUUGAAAGCUGAAAGUUGAAACUAAAUCCUGUUUUUGAUGCACAAUGAACCAGUUAGUUGAACACUCUUCUAAUGCUCAUAGUCAUAGGGGCUAUAGAGUUCAAGCUCCACUGGUUGAUUCUGUUUCAUGCUACUGUAGAGUAGAUUCGGGCCUAAAAACAGUUGCUGGGGCAAGGAAAUUUGUUCCGGGAUCAAAGCUAUGUAUCCAACCUGACAUAAAUCCGAAUGCACAUAGGAGAAAAAACUCACGGAGAGAGAGGACAAGAGUUCAGCCUCCUCUCCUACCUGGCCUCCCUGACGAUCUUGCUAUUGCUUGUUUGAUUCGAGUACCCCGGGUAGAGCACAGGAAACUGCGUUUGGUUUGCAAAAGAUGGCACCGCCUCUUGUCUGGAAACUUCUUUUAUUCACUGAGAAAAAGUCUUGGAAUGGCCGAAGAGUGGGUUUAUGUCAUCAAAAGAGAUCGUGAUGGAAGAAUUUCAUUGCAUGCAUUUGAUCCCACCUACCAACUGUGGCAACCCCUUCCCCCUGUUCCUGUGGAAUAUUCUGAAGCACUAGGAUUUGGCUGUGCAGUUCUUAGCGGUUGUCACUUGUACUUAUUUGGUGGAAGGGAUCCUCUGAAGGGAUCUAUGAGACGUGUCAUUUUCUAUAAUGCCCGAACAAAUAAAUGGCAUAGGGCACCAGACAUGCUGCGGAAACGUCAUCUGUUUGGCUCUUGUGUAAUAAAUAAUUGUCUUUAUGUGGCUGGUGGUGAAUGCGAAGGAAUUCAAAGAACUCUUAGGUCUGCUGAAGUUUAUGAUCCAAAUCGGAGUAGGUGGAACUUUAUCUCAGAGAUGAGCACAGCGAUGGUGCCCUUUAUUGGUGUUGUUCAUAAUGGAACAUGGUUUCUGAAGGGACUUGGGUCGCGUCGCAAUGUCAUGUGCGAAGCAUAUUCCCCUGAAACCGAUGCCUGGACUCCAGUUAGUAAUGGGAUGGUGAAUGGCUGGCGUAAUCCUAGCAUCUCGCUUCAUGGACAACUGUAUGCACUUGAUUGCCAGGAUGGGUGCAAGCUCACAGUAUAUGACACUGCAACAGAUUCAUGGAAAAAGUUUAUUGACAGCAAGCUUCAUUUGGGUAGCUCCCGUGCUCUCGAUGCUGCUGCACUUGUUUCCCUCAAUGGAAAGUUAUGCAUCAUCCGCAACAAUAUGAGCAUCAGUCUAGUCGAUGUUUCUAGUCCAAACAGGCAAGUGGAAACAAAUCCUCACCUAUGGGAAAAUAUUGCCGGAGAGGGUCACAUCAGGACAUUAGUUAGAAAUUUAUGGUCAACUAUAGCAGGGCGUGGUGGUUUGAAGAGUCACAUUGUUCAUUGUCAAGUGCUUCAAGCGUGAGGUUCAAAAGUUCUUUAGUAUCAUAUUUGCUAUACUGUUAGCAGAACUGAUGGUUUCGUCUGAAAUUGAUUGAAAUAGGUUUUAUCUACUUUGUUUUGGGGGAAAUGUAGGAAAAAUUGUGGUAUUUUUUUUUCCUGUAAAGAUGAGUUUAAUUGUUAUUUUGGCAAUAGAAUGAAUGGAGUCCGUCCUUUACAAUCAUGAAUUAAGGCUGUCCAUUUUCCUUUCU